CGUCAGUUUCAGUGAAUGUAAAUAAAAACUGUGAUUAGGAGACUUGAGUUGAUUUCGUUUAACAUAGAAAACAUUAAUUUCAGUCAGCAAUAUGAGCAGCAGCUACUAUUUCGCUGUUGUUGGUCACAAUGAUAAUCCCAUUUUCGAAAUGGAAUUCGUAAACGCAAACAAAGAGGCUAAGAAAGAAGAUCAUCGUCAUUUGAAUCAAUUCAUCGCCCACGCAGCACUUGAUCUAAUCGACGAGCACAAAUGGAAAACAAACAACACAUAUUUGAAGUCGAUCGACAAGUUCAACCAAUGGUUCGUGUCCGGCUUUGUGACUGCUUCUCACCUGCGGUUUGUCAUGGUUCACGACAAUCGCAAUGACGAGGGUAUCAAAAACUUUUUCAACGAGAUGUACGAAACGUACAUAAAGCAUCUUAUGAACCCGUUCUACAUGCCGAACACACCGAUCAAAUCCUUAUCAUUCGAGAAAAAGGCUCAAUUUUACGGACGAAAGUUCUUGGGGUCGUAAAAUUAAAUUGAACCCUUACUCCUGA